UGAUGGUGGGUACAGUAGUAGUAGCGGUGUUCAGGUGGAGGCGGUGGCAGGAUAUGGGCACGCACACACACUCUGGCAGGGUAGGGGUGGAUGCUCUGGCAGUGAUGGUGGGUACAGUAGUAGUAGCGGUGUUCAGGUGGAGGCGGUGGCAGGAUAUGGGCAUGCACACACACUCUGGCAGGGUAGGGGUGGAUCCUCAGGCUGAGACGGGGAGGAGGAAGAGGGAGGAGGAGGACAGCUGACAUUGUCCCAGUGCCGGCUCUGGGCUCUCAAGCUUAGGACAUGAACCAGUCCAGCCCCAGCCUAUUCCCCACCCUGGUGGUGGCCGGCCAUAUAGUGACCAUGGUGGUGGUGUGGCACUGGCGGAGGAGGCGGAGGGCACUACAGGAUGCAGAAGAUGAACGGGACCGAGUGCAGAAGAAAACCUUCACCAAAUGGGUGAACAAACAUCUCAUCAAGCACUGGAGAGCAGAGGCUCAGCGACACGUCAAUGAUCUGUAUGAAGACCUCCGCGAUGGACACAACCUCAUCUCCCUGCUGGAGGUCCUCUCCGGGGAGACCCUGCCCCGGGAGAAAGGACGCAUGCGCUUCCACAAACUGCAGAAUGUACAGAUCGCCCUGGAUUUCCUGAAACUGCGUCAGGUGAAACUUGUCAACAUUCGAAAUGACGACAUCGCAGACGGGAACCCCAAGCUGACACUGGGUCUAAUCUGGACCAUAAUCCUUCACUUCCAGAUCUCGGACAUUCAGGUCACCGGGCAGUCUGAGGACAUGACGGCCAAGGAGAAGCUCCUCCUCUGGUCGCAGCGAAUGUCGGAAGGCUACCAGGGUCUGCGCUGCGACAACUUCACCAGCAACUGGCGGGACGGUCGGCUCUUCAGCGCCAUCAUUCACCGGCACAAACCCAUGCUGAUCGAUAUGAACAGGGUGUACCGACAGACCAACCUGGAGAACCUGGAUCAGGCCUUCACAGUAGCCGAGAGGGAGCUGGGUGUCACCAGACUGUUGGACCCCGAGGAUGUGGACGUCCCCCAGCCAGAUGAAAAAUCGAUCAUUACAUACGUGUCUUCCCUGUAUGAUGCCAUGCCCAGAGUCCCUGAUGUUCAGGAUGGCGUCAGAGCCAACGAGCUGGAGCUGCGGUGGACGGAAUACUACGAGAGGGUCACCAUGCUGCUGCAGUGGAUCAGACACUACACCAUCAUCUUCGAGGAGAAGAGAUUCCCAGGCAGCUAUGAGGAAAUUGAGAUCCUGUGGCGGCAGUUCCUGAAAUUUAAAGAGACAGAUCUCCCCAGUAAAGAGGCAGACAAGAACCAGUCCAAGCUCCAGUAUCAGUCUCUGGAGGGUGCUGUGAAGUCUGGGCAGCUGAAGGUGCCCCCCGGGUACCACCCGCUGGAUGUAGAGAAGGAAUGGGGGAAACUACACGUGUCCAUCCUGGAGAGGGAGAAACUGCUGCGGAUAGAAUUGGAGAGGUUGGAGCGUCUGCAGCGCAUCGUCAGCAAACUACAGAUGGAGUCGGGACUGUGCGAGGAGCAGCUGAACCAGGCCGACGGCUUGCUGCAAACGAAUAUACGCCUACUAAAUGCCGGGAAAGCACCACAGCGAGCCGGGGACAUUGAGAGAGAUCUGGAUAAGGCAGACACCAUGAUUCGUGUCCUUUUCAAUGAUGUACAAGCUCUUAAAGACGGGCGCCAUCCACAGGGCGAGCAGAUGUACCGCAGGGUUUACCGCCUCCACGAGCGUCUGGUCGCCAUCCGCACAGAGUACAACCUUCGCAUUAAGUCUGGAGCAACUCAGGUCAUCACCCAAGUUACCCACGUCACCACGACCUCCGAAAAGGACGUCACCCUGCGUUACUUCCAGGAUCUCCUGGCCUGGGUAGAAGAGAACCAGAAACGUAUUAAUACGGCUGAAUGGGGAUCCGACCUGCCCAGUGUGGAGUCCCAACUGGGAAGCCAUCGUGGCCUCCACCAGUCCAUCAACGAGUUCCGGGCCAAGAUAGAGCGAGCACGGACUGAUGAGGGUCAGAUUCCGGGUUCUCGGGGAGCCUAUCAGGACUAUCUGGGAAAACUGGACUUACAGUAUGCCAAGCUGCUGAACUCUUCCAAGGCCAGACUCCGCAACUUGGAGAGCCUCAACACCUUUGUGGCUGCUGCCACUAAAGAGCUGAUGUGGCUGAACGACAAGGAGGAGGAAGAAGUGAACUUUGACUGGAGCGACCGCAACACCAACAUGACCAGCAAGAAGGACAACUACUCUGGACUGAUGCGGGAGCUGGAACUGAAGGAAAAGAAGAUCAAGGAGAUCCAGAACACCGGGGACAGACUCCUCCGUGAUGACCACCCUGGCAAGUCCACCAUAGAGGCGUUCCAGGCUGCUCUGCAGACACAGUGGAGUUGGAUGCUGCAGCUUUGCUGUUGUAUUGAAGCUCAUCUCAAGGAGAACACGGCUUACUUCCAGUUCUUUGCAGACGUGAAAGACACUGAAGAUCAUCUGAAGAAGAUCAAUGACACCAUGCGCAGGAAAUACAUCUGUGAUCGCUCCAUCACCGUGACCCGGCUUGAAGAUCUGCUUCAGGACAGUGUAGAUGAAAAAGAACAGCUCACGGAGUACAAGGGACAGGUCGCCGGCCUGGCCAAGAGGGCAAAGACCAUCAUUCAGCUGAAACCUCGCAGCCCAUCCAACCCAGCCAAAGGCAAACAACCGGUUCAGGCCGUCUGUGACUACAAACAGAUGGAGAUCACUGUACAUAAGGGAGAUGAAUGUCUGUUGGUCAAUAACUCCCAGCUCAGCAAGUGGAAGGUCCUGAAUUCUGCUGGAAAUGACGCCACGGUUCCAUCUGUCUGUUUCAUCGUUCCACCACCCAACAAGGAGGCCUUGGAUGCUGUUAGUAGGCUGGAGGAAAGUCACCAGGCCCUGAUCACUCUGUGGCACACUCUGCAUAUUGAGCUGAAGUCUCUGCUCUCCUACCAGUAUCUCCUCAGGGACUUCCAGCUUAUCCAGUCCUGGACCCUUGUCACGUUCCGCAGCAUGAUAUCAGAGGAGUAUUCCCUGGCUCUCCGCAACUUGGAAAUUCAUUACCAGGACUUCCUGAAGGACAGCCAGGACUCCCAGAACUUCCAGCCAGACGACCGCAUGAACAUCGAGAGAGAGUACAGCUCCUGCACCCAGAAGUACGACAUGCUCCUGCGCAAUCUAGAGAAAGGUGAACAGGACGAGAGUGCAUGUAAGCACUACAUAUCCCAGCUGAAGAACAUUCAACUACAGCUGGAUGGCUGCGAGUCGCGUACAGUCAGCAAGAUCCGCAGUCCCUUGGACAAAGAUCCCGUCAAAGAAUGCUCUCAGCGGAUUGGAGACCAGCAGCAAAUUAACUUUGAACUGGAGACCAUCCAGAAGAACCUGGAUAAGGUGAACGACAAGACCCGGAAGGUACUGGCCCAGCCCGACCUAGGAGAUUCGGGCCCGCUCCUGCGGUCCGAGCUUGACGUGACUCUGCACAAGAUGGAACAAGUCCACAGCAUGUCCUCCAUCUACCUGGAUAAACUGAAGACGAUAAACUUGGUGAUCAGAAACACGCACGGCGCUGAGGAGGUUGUGAAAACAUAUGAAGAUCAGCUGAAGGAAGUUCAAACUGUUCCUGGAGACCUCAAAGAGCUGGAGAGCAGCAAGGCAGACCUGAAGAGAAUGCGUGGGCAGGUAGAAGGUCACCAGCCUCUCUUCAAUGGUCUGGAGAACGAUCUCACCAAGGCCAGGGAGGUGAGCGAGAGGAUGCUGAAGGUUCACAGUGAACGAGAUGUUGAUCUGGAGAGAUAUCGGGAGAAGGUGCAGCUGCUUCUGGAGCGUUGGCAGGCCAUCGUCCUUCAGAUUGAAGUACGGCAGAGAGAACUGGAACAACUAGGCAAACAGCUGAGAUAUUACCGGGAGAGCUACGAGUGGCUCAUCCGCUGGAUAACCGAAGCCAAGAAGAGGCAGGAGAAGAUCCAGAAUGUGCCCAUUACCGACAGCAAAACUGUCAAGGAGCAGCUGAUGGAAGAAAAGAAACUGCUGGAGGAAAGUGAGAAAAACCGUGGAAAAGUGGAUGAAUGUCAGAAAUAUGCCAAGCAAUACAUUGAAGCCAUCAAGGACUUUGAGGUCCAGCUGGUGACCUAUAAAGCUCAGGUAGAACCAGUUGUGUCUCCGCUGAAGAAACCUAAAGUGCACUCUGCGUCUGAUAACAUUAUCCAGGAGUACGUGGAACUCCGAACCAAAUACAGCGAACUCACCACCCUGACCAGCCAAUACAUCAAAUUCAUCACGGAAACCCUGAGACGCCUGGAGGAGGAGGAGAGAACGGCAGAGAAGCUUAAAGAACAAGAGAGGAAGAAGCUGGCAGAAGUAGAGGACCAGCUGGAGAAACAGAGGCAGCUGGCUGAGGCCCAUGCACAGGCAAAAGCCGUGGCGGAAAAAGAGGCCUUGGAACUGAGGAUGAACAUGCAAGAAGAGGUCACCAGAAGAGAGGUGGUCGCUGUUGAUGCCGAACAGCAGAAAAAGACCAUUCAGCAAGAGCUGCAUCAGAUGAAGAACAACUCUGAAACGGAAAUUAAGGCAAAGGUGAAGCUGAUCGAAGAGGCAGAAUACAACCGCAAGAAAGUCGAGGAGGAGAUCCGAAUCAUCCGCAUUCAGCUGGAAACCAGCCAGAAGCAAAAGUCGGGUGCAGAAGAUGAACUGCGGGCCUUGAGGGCUCGAGCGGAAGAGGCAGAAAGACAAAAGAAACUAGCUCAGGAAGAAGCUGAACGUUUGCGAAAACAGGUGAAGGACGAGGCGCAGAAAAAACGCGAGGCUGAAGAUGAGCUUCAUCGCAAGGUUCAGGCUGAGAAAGAUGCGGCCAGGGAAAAACAGAAAGCUUUAGAAGAUCUGGAGAAGUUUAGACUUCAGGCAGAGGAGGCUGAGAGGAGAAUGAAACAAGCCGAGCUCGAGAAAGAGCGACAGAUCAAACAAGCUCAUGACGUGGCCCAACAGAGUGCGGAUGCGGAGCUCCAGAGCAAACGCAUGUCCUUCCUGGAGAAGACUACCCAGCUGGAAAUGUCCUUGAAACAAGAACACAUCACAGUCACUCACCUGCAAGAGGAGGCUGAACGUCUGAAAAAGCAGCAGCUGGAGGCAGAAACCGCCAAGGAGGAAGCCGAGAAGGAGCUGGAGAAGUGGAGGCAGAAGGCUAACGAGGCACUGCGCUUAAGACUGCAGGCUGAGGAGAUUGCACACAAGAAAACCCUGGCGCAGGAGGAGGCUGAGAAACAGAAGGAAGAUGCAGAGAGAGAGACACGCAAAAGAACCAAGGCUGAGGAGUCUGCUCUGCGCCAGAAGGAUCUGGCAGAGGAAGAGCUGGAGAAACAGAGGAAGUUAGCCGAAGAAACAGCCUCCCAUAAACUUUCUGCUGAGCAAGAGCUGAUUCGUCUAAAAGCCGAGGUAGACAGUGGAGAACAACACCGCAUUGUUCUCGAGGAGGAUCUUUUCCGCCUUAAGAAUGAAGUGAAUGAAGCCAUCCAGAGAAGAAGAGGACUGGAAGAAGAACUGGCCAAGGUCCGUGCUGAAAUGGAGAUCCUUCUAAAAGCCAAAUCCAAAGCGGAAGAGGACUCCCGCUCCACGAGUGAGAAGUCUAAGCAGAUGUUGGAAGUUGAAGCUAGCAAACUGCGUGAACUUGCAGAAGAAGCUGCCAGGUUGCGUGCUGUGUCCGAAGAGGCCAAGAGACAGAGACAGCUGGCUGAAGAAGAUGCCACCCGACAGAGAGCUGAAGCUGAGAGAAUCUUGAAAGAAAAACUGACUGCCAUCAAUGAGGCCACACGGAUGAGGACAGAGGCUGAGAUUGCCCUUAAGGAGAAAGAGGCAGAGAAUGAGCGCCUGAGGAGGCUGGCAGAGGAUGAGGCCUACCAAAGGAAACUGCUGGAAGAGCAAGCUGCCCAGCAUAAACAAGACAUUGAAGAGAAGAUCCACCAGCUCAAACAAUCCUCAGAAAAUGAGUUGGAGAGGCAAAAGACUAUAGUGGAUGAAACCCUCAAACACAGGAGAGUGAUCGAAGAAGAGAUCCGUAUUCUGAAAAUAAACUUUGAAAAGGCCUCUGUUGGCAAAUCUGAUCUGGAGCUAGAGCUCCAAAAACUGAAAAACAUUGCAGACGAAACACAAAAGAGCAAAGAAAAGGCGGAACAAGACGCAGAGAAGCAGAGGCAGCUGGCCCUGGUAGAGGAGGCAAGGCGCAAAGAGGCUGAGGAAAAAGUCAAGAAGAUCAUUGCAGCAGAACAGGAGGCCGGAAGGCAGAGGAAAGUGGCUUUAGAAGAGGUCGAGAGACUGAAGAUCAAGGCUGACGAAGCCAAAAAACAAAAAGACCUAGCCGAAAAGGAGGCUGAAAAGCAGAUUCAGUUAGCACAAGACGCAGCAAGGCUUAAAAUUGAUGCAGAAGAAAAGGCGUACUAUGCUGCUGUACAACAGAAGGAGCAAGAAAUGCUGCAGACCAGAAUCCAGGAACAGAGCAUUUAUGAUAAGUUAAAGGAAGAAGCGGAAAAGGCCAAGCGUGCCGCUGAGGAAGCUGAACGUGCCAAAAUAAAGGCUGAACACGAGGCUGCGUUGUCACGUCAGCAGGCAGAGGAAGCUGAACGUUUAAAACAGAAGGCUGAAAUUGAGGCCCAGGCCAAAGGACAGGCUCAGGAAGAUGCAGAAAAAGUCCGAAAGGAAGCAGAACUGGAAGCCGCUAAGCGGGGCCAGGCAGAGCAGGCAGCACUGAAGCUCAAACAAAUGGCUGAUGCAGAAAUGGAAAAGCACAAACAGUUCGCCGAGAAAACAGUCCGGCAAAAAGAGCAGGUCGAGGGCGAGCUGACCAAAGUCAAACUGCAGCUGGAGGAAACCGACCACCAAAAAGCUAUUUUGGAUGACGAACUUGGGCGCCUGAAAGAAGAAGUGACCGAAUCUCUGAGACAAAAGAAGCUUGUGGAAGAGGAGCUGUUUAAAGUUAAAAUACAGAUGGAAGAGCUGGUCAAACUGAAGCUUCGUAUCGAACAGGAAAACAAAAUGCUAAUCCUGAAAGGCAAAGACAACACCCAACAAUUCCUGGCUGAGGAAGCGGAGAAGAUGAAACAGGUAGCCGAAGAGGCUGCCCGACUGAGCGUUGAGGCCCAAGAGGCCGCUCGUUUAAGAAAGAUUGCAGAGGAUGACCUGAAUGAGCAGCGGGCAUUGGCCGAGAAGAUUCUGAAGGAGAAGAUGCAAGCUGUCCAGGAGGCCAGCCGCCUUAAAGCUGAAGCAGAAAUGCUGCAGAAGCAGAAGGAGAUGGCCAUGGAACAGGCCAAGAAGCUGCAAGAAGAUAAGGAGCAGAUGCAGCAGCAGCUUGCCGAGGAGACCGAGGGCUUCCAAAAGACCCUGGAGGCCGAGCGGCGCAGACAGCUGGACAUCAGCGCCGAAGCUGAACGACUAAAACUUCAGGUGGUAGAAAUGAGCAAAUCCCAGGCCAAGGCAGAAGAAGACGCCAAAAAGUUCAGGAAACAAGCCGAAGACAUCAGCGAGAAACUGCACCAAACAGAACUGUCCACCAAGGAGAAGAUGACCGUGGUGCACACUCUGGAAAUCCAGAGACAGCAUAGCGACAAGGAGGCAGAAGAGCUGAGAAAGGCCAUUGCCGAUCUGGAGAAUGAAAAGGAGAAGCUGAAGAAGGAGGCGGAGCUUUUGCAGAAGAAGUCUGAAGAGAUGCAGAAAGCCCAAAAGGAACAGCUGCGUCAAGAAACCCAAACUCUUCAGUCUACCUUCCUCACGGAGAAGCAAAUCCUGAUUCAGAAAGAGAAGUACAUUGAAGAAGAGAAAGCCAAGCUUGAGAAGCUCUUCGACAAUGAAGUCGGCAAAGCUCAGAAGCUGAAAUCCGAAAAAGAACGGCAGCUUGCACAGCUGGAGGAGGAGAAGAGGCUUCUACAGACCAGCAUGGAUGAUGCUAUGAAGAAGCAGCUGGAUGCCGAGGACAGAAUCCGACAGAAACAGGAAGAACUCCAGCAGCUGGAUAAGAAGCGACAAGAACAGGAGAGGCUGCUGGAGGAAGAAAACCGGAAGCUGAGGGAGAGGCUUGAACAACUGGAGCAGGAACACAGAAUCGCCUUGGAGAAAACAAGAGAGGUCAUAAUUACUAAAGAGACAGUCAUUACCCAAACCAAAACUAUGCCCAAUGGCAGAGAUGCUGCCGAUGGGUCAGCUCAGAAUGGAGAAUUACUUAACGCAUUUGAUGGCUUAAGACAGAAAAUUUCUCCAGACAAGCUGUUUGAGGCUGGAAUUUUGACCAAAGAACAGUUGGACAAACUAGCCAGUGGACAAUUGACUGUAGAUGACCUCUCCAAGAGGGAAGAGAUCAGGAGAUACCUGCAGGGAAAGAGCAGCAUUGCUGGCCUCUUGCUUAAACCAAGCAAUGAAAAGAUGAGCAUCUACAAUGCCAUGAAGAAGAAGCUGGUCACUCCAGGCACUGCCCUCAUUCUUCUAGAAGCCCAGGCUGCCUCUGGCUUUAUCACUGAUCCAGUGGGAAACAAGAGACUGACUGUAAGCGAAGCAGUGAAAGAGAAUGUGAUUGGGCCUGAAGUUCACAACAAACUGUUAUCCGCUGAGAGGGCAAUCACUGGGUACAAGGAUCCAUACACUGGAGAGAAAAUCUCACUCUUCCAAGCCAUGAAUAAGGACCUCAUUGUCAAAGACCAUGGAAUUCGGCUUCUGGAGGCCCAGAUCGCCACUGGAGGCAUUGUCGAUCCAGUCAAUAGCCAUCGCCUGCCUCUGGAUGUAGCUUACAAGCGAGGCUACUUUGAUGAAGAAAUGAACAAAACCUUAUCUGAUCCCACAGAUGACACAAAGGGCUUCUUUGACCCCAACACACAUGAAAACCUCACCUACCUACAGCUCAUGGAGAGAUGUGUGGUUGACCCAGAGACCAAACUUUGCUUGUUACCUUUGACAGACAAAGCUGCAAAGGGAGAACUUGUCUACACCGAUUCAGAGGCCAAAGAUGUCUUCAAGAAAGCCACUGUGUCUGUUCCAUUUGGAAAAUUCCAAGGAAAGACCGUCACCAUAUGGGAGAUUAUCAAUUCGGAAUACUUCACAGAGGAGCAGAGGCGAGAACUGCUGCGUCAGUACAAGACUGGCAAAAUCACAGUGGAGAAAAUCAUUAAGAUCAUCAUCACGGUGGUCGAAGAAAACGAGACCAAGAAGCAAAUGUGUUUUGAUGGUCUUAGAAGUCCCGUCCCAGCAGCAGAACUUGUAGACAGUAAAAUCAUAGACAAGGACCUCUUCAACCAGCUGCACCAGGGCAAGAAGACAGUGAAGGAACUGGCCGACCUAGAGUCCAUUAAGAAAUACCUGACUGGAAGCACAGCCAUUGCUGGAGUGCAAGUGGAACAGACUGGCGAGAAACAAACCUUGUAUGAUGCAAUCAUGAGAAACCUACUGAAGCCAGCAACAGCUCUUAGCCUGCUUGAAGCCCAGGCAGGUACUGGAUUUAUUAUUGACCCAGUCACUAAAGAGCUGUUACCAGUAGAUGAAGCUGUCAAAGCUGGAAUUGUUGGGCCAGAGUACCAUGAAAAGCUGCUUUCUGCUGAAAAGGCUGUCACUGGCUACAAGGAUCCUUACACAGGACAAGCUCUGUCCCUGUUCCAGGCACUAAAGAAGGGGCUCAUACCCAAAGACAGCGGACUCCGACUCCUAAGCGCUCAGCUGGCCACUGGUGGCAUCAUCGACCCUGUAAACAGUCAUCGCCUUCCUCUUGAGAUCGCUUAUAAACGAGGUCACCUGGAUGAAGAAACGACUAAACUUCUGUCCGAACCUGCCGACGAAAACACAGGAUUUUAUGAUCCAAACAGUCAGGAGAACCUGUCCUAUGCACAGCUGCAGAAGAAAUGCCGAGUUGACAAGAAAACGGGUCACUUGCUGUUGCCGCUCUCUGAACAAGCCAUACAAUCCCAGUUAGAAGAGGUUUACUCCGACUCUCAAGCCAAGGACGCCUUUGAAAAGGCAACCGUUGAAGUGCCCGCUGGUAGCUUUAAAGGAAAGACCAUCACUUUGUGGGAAUUGAUACAUUCUGAAUACUUCUCUGAAGAGCAAAGGAGGGAACUGAUCCGUCAGUAUAAGACUGGGAAAGUCACAAUUGAGAAAAUCAUCAAAAUCAUGAUUACCAUUAUAGAGGAAACAGAGACCAAGAAACAGCAGCGUCUCACAUUCACAGGUCUUCGAGCUCCAGUCCUUGCCAGCGAACUGCUGGAAUCCAAGGUUAUUGACCAGACCCAGUUUGAGCAACUGCAAGAAGGCAAGAAGUCCGUAAAAGACAUAACGGAGAUUGAUUCAGUGAGGCAAUAUCUCCAGGGCAGUGAAUGCAUAGCUGGCGUUCUUCUAGAAGAGAAUAAACAAAAAAUGAACAUCUACCAAGCUAUGAAGAGGAAUUUGCUGAGGCCAGGAACAGCCCUGGUCCUUCUGGAGGCCCAAGCUGCCACCGGUUUUAUUAUCGACCCUGUAAAGAACCAGAAAUUCUAUGUGAAUGAAGCAGUGAAGGCCGGCAUUGUUGGACCUGAACUACAUGAAAAGCUUCUUUCUGCUGAAAAGGCUGUAACAGGGUACAAAGAUCCUUACUCUGGGAAUACCAUCUCCGUGUUCGAAGCAUUGCAGAAAGGCCUUAUUCUCAAAGACCAUGGAAUUCGCCUUUUGGAGGCACAGGUCGCAACAGGUGGCAUUAUUGAUCCAGUUCACAGCCACCGUGUUCCCAUUGACGUUGCCUACAAACGCGGUUACUUUGAUGAAGCCAUGAACAAGAUCCUUUCUGACCCUACAGAUGACACUAAAGGAUUCUUUGACCCCAAUACACAUGAAAAUUUAACUUACUUACAGCUGAAAGAAAGAUGCUUUAAAGAUCCAGAAACGGGCCUCAAUCUCCUAACAUUAAAGAAAGUGGAAAAACCUACAGCCGAGGCCACUAAAGCUUAUACCGAGGAAGAGACCAAGAAGGUAUUUGAAGACACAACAGUGGACAUCCCUGCUGGAAGCAUGGCGGGCUCCUCGAUGACCAUUUGGGAGCUCAUGCAGUCUGAUCUUCUACCUAAGGAGGAGAGAGACAGGUUGAUGGCGGAGUUCCGAGCUGGUAGACUGACCAAGGAACGCAUGAUUAUCAUCAUCAUCGAGAUCAUUGAGAAGACUGAAAUAAUCCGAGAACAAGAACUGUAUUCCUAUGACUUUGUCCGUCGACGCAUUACAGCUGAAGAUUUGUACGAGUCUAAACUCAUCACUCUGGAAAUGUACACCAUGCUGAAACAGGGAACAAAGACCAUUCAAGAAAUUAUCACCAUUGAGAGUGUCUGGAGGUACCUGUAUGGCACCGGAUGUGUUGCAGGCUUCCAAAUGCCGGGCUCUAAAGCCACCAUCAGCAUCUACCAGGCCUUGAAGAAAGGGCUGAUCUCUGCUGAUGUGACUCAUGUUCUUCUUGAUGCUCAGGCUGCCACCGGAUUUAUUAUUGAUCCUGUAAAGAAUGAGUUGCUAACCGUGGAUGAAGCCGUCAGAAAAGGUGUGGUAGGACCUGAAAUUCAUGACCGCCUCUUAUCUGCUGAAAGAGCAGUCACUGGCUACAGGGAUCCUUACACAGAACAAAUGAUUUCCAUCUUCCAGGCAAUGAAGAAAGACCUAAUCCCCUCUGAUCAAGCUUUGAGACUGCUGGACGCUCAGCUGACUACAGGUGGUGUCAUUGAUCCACGAUUUGGCUUCCACAUCCCAAAUGAAACUGCAUAUAUGCGUGGAUAUCUCAACAAAGAAACCUUGGACAUGCUAUCCGAACCAAGUGAAAUCCGUAGUUAUGUGGAUCCUUCCACUGAUGAGAAGCUCAGUUACUCUCAACUUUUGAAAAGAUGCAGAAGAGAUGAAAACAGCAACCUCUACAUUCUGCCUCUUGCAGACAAGAGAAAGCUUACUUUCAAGGGUUUGAGGAAAGAGAUUACUAUGGAGGAACUCAUAAGAUCAAAUGUUAUGGAUGCAAUCACAGCGCAGCGUCUACAAGACGGACUAACCUCCAUCGAGGAAGUCUCAAGAAACCUGCAGAAGUUUUUGGAGGGAACCAGUUGCAUCGCUGGUGUCUAUGUUGAAGCUUCAAAAGACAGAUACUCCAUCUACCAAGCUAUGAAGAAAGGAAUGAUCAGACCGGGCACAGCGUUUGAACUUCUGGAAGCCCAAGCAGCCACAGGUUAUGUGAUUGAUCCCAUCAAAUGUCUGAAGCUGGCAGUUGAGGAUGCCGUGAGGAUGGGUAUCGUGGGGACCGAAUUUAAAGACAAGCUAUUGUCAGCCGAGCGAGCCGUGACUGGUUAUAAGGACCCCUAUUCCGGGAAGAUUAUAUCUCUUUUCCAAGCCAUGAAGAAAGGUCUCAUCUUGAAAGAUCAUGGUAUUCGCUUGCUGGAAGCCCAGAUUGCCACAGGUGGUAUCAUCGACCCAGAGGAAAGCCAUCGCUUGCCAGUAGAGAUGGCCUAUAAAAGAGGUCUGUUUGAUGAAGAAAUGAAUGAAAUUCUUUCUGAUCCAAGUGAUGACACUAAAGGGUUCUUUGACCCCAACACAGAAGAAAAUCUGACCUAUCUUCAGCUUAUGGAGAGAUGCAUUACUGAUCCUGAAACUGGUCUGGUUCUCUUGCCUCUAAAAGAAAAGAAACGGGAAAGGAAGACCUCCUCCAAGUCCUCAGUUCGCAAGCGAAGGGUUGUCAUUGUCGAUCCAGAAACCGGCAAAGAAAUGUCUGUGUAUGAAGCUUACCGCAAAGGACUUAUUGAUCACCAGACCUAUAUCGAACUGUCUGAGCAAGAAUGCGAAUGGGAAGAGGUCACGAUCACCUCAUCAGAUGGUGUAGCAAAAUCCAUAAUCACCGACAGAAGAUCAGGAAGACAGUAUGAUAUCGAUGAUGCCCUUGCCAAAGCUCUAAUUGACCAGUCUUCUCUAGACCAGUAUCGCUCAGGAACCUUAUCGAUUACAGAGUUUGCUGACAUGCUCUCAGGAAACAUGGGUGGAUUUAGAUCAAGGUCCUCCUCUGUUGGCUCUUCCUCCUCUGUCACCUCAAGCCCAGCUGGCAGAGGUCAGUUAUCAUCCUGGAGUGACCCCGGUGAAGAAACAGGGCCCAUUGCUGGGAUAGUAGACACAGACACUCUAGAAAAAGUAUCAAUCACUGAAGCCAUGCAUCGCAACCUUGUAGACAACAUCACUGGUCAGCGACUUCUGGAAGCUCAAGCAUGUACAGGAGGCAUCAUCGAUCCAAUCACAGGAGAAAAGUUUGCGGUUGCCGAUGCGGUCAACAAAGGCCUAGUGGACAAAAUCAUGGUGGACAGAAUCAAUCUGGCACAGAAAGCCUUCAAUGGGUUCGAAGAUCCAAGAACAAAGACCAAAAUGUCAGCAGCCCAAGCUUUGAAAAAAGGCUGGCUGUAUUACGAAGCCGGACAACGAUUCCUUGAAGUUCAGUAUCUCACUGGUGGCCUUAUUGAACCUGAUGUCGAAGGUCGUGUCAAUCUAGACGAGGCUCUUCACAAAGGCACGAUCGAUGCCCGCACAGCCCAAAAACUGCGGGAUGUCAACACCUAUUCUAAGUACCUGACCUGCCCAAAAACCAAGCUUAAGAUUUCCUACAAAGAAGCCAUGGAGAAGAGCAUGGUAGAGGAUGGCACAGGUCUGAGACUACUUGAAGCAGCUUCACAAUCCACCAAAGGUUACUACAGCCCCUACAAUGCUAGCGGCUCCGGGUCAGCCUCGGGGUCCCGAUCAGGUUCUCGAACUGGAUCCAGAUCCGGUUCACGAAGAGGUAGCAUCGAUGCCACCGGCAACGCCGGCUUCUCCAUGACUUUCUCGUCUUCCUCAUAUUCUUCAUCCAACUAUGGCCGAAGAUACACCAGUGGGCCACAGGGCGGUCCAGUCGACACUUCCGAAUUGGCAAAAGCACUGUUAAAUUUAAGUCAAACUUGCAGCCAAGAGUCAAACAUGGGGUUCAACAUUUUGCCAGCUCUCUUGCCCAGCCUUGUAUAGAAACCGCAAUACCGCCACCCUACCCUUAAUCCAUGAACUUGAACACCCUUUUCCUGCUCUGCAUGUGGUGAAGCUUUAAUGGACUUUUUAUUUUAUAAAUAUAUAUAUAUACAUAAAACUUUCAACGUAUUUCUAAAUUUUACUUCAAGCAGUGCCUAAAAUGUUAACCAAAAAGCCACACAUAAAAAAAAAAACCCAUUUUAAACCAGGUAACAUAAUAUUAAUAUAUACAUGUUCUUACCAUGUGAUUUGUAUAUCGAGAGAUGACGAUGAGAACACUAUUGUCCUGCGAGGAAACUCUACUCACGUACUAGUUUAGGGAGAUCUAUGCAGAGCAGAAAA